CUGAUGCAGUGCCCGGCUACUUCUAGUGGUAGCCGCUGCUGAGCCGUCCGACCCAGCGGAAGACCGAGGACACGACGGCUUCAGCCGCCACAGCGCGGGGCGCAGAAGGGACUAUGGGAAACGGGAUGUGCUCCCGAAAGCAGAAGCGAAUCUUCCAGACGCUGCUGCUACUCACGGUGGUCUUUGGCUUCCUCUAUGGCGCGAUGCUCUUCUUCGAACUGCAGACGGAGCUGCGCAAAGCCGAGGCGGUGGCGCUCAAGUACCAGCAGCACCAGGACUCGCUCUCUGCCCAAUUGCAAGUUGUAUAUGAACACAGAUCAAGGUUAGAGAAAUCUUUGCAAAAAGAAAGGCUUGAACACAAGAAAGCAAAGGAAGAUUUCCUUGUUUAUAAGUUAGAAGCACAAGAAACGCUAAACAAAGGAAGGCAAGAUUCCAAUAGCAGAUACAGCGCAUUGAAUGUCCAACAUCAGAUGCUGAAAAGUCAGCACGAGGAGCUGAGAAAACAGCACAGUGACUUGGAAGAGGAGCACCGUAAGCAAGGGGAAGACUUCAGUAGAACGUUCAUCGACCACAAGCAGAGGUGCCUGCAGCUGCAGCAAGAAAAGGAACAAGAGCUUUCUAAGCUGAAAGAAACAGUGUAUAACUUGAGAGAAGAGAACAGACAGCUACGAAAAGCACACCAAGAUAUUCACACCCAGCUUCAAGAUGUCAAGCAACAGCAUAAGAGUUUACUCUCCGAGCAUGAGCAGCUUGUAGUGACUUUGGAAGACCACAAGAGUGCACUGGCUGCCGCACAGACUCAAGUUGCAGAAUAUAAGCAACUGAAAGAUACUCUCAACAGGAUUCCAAGCUUUCGAAAUCCAGAGCCAGCAGAGCAGCGAAAUGUCACCUUUUCCCAAGGGACUCUUUCUCCCCAAGGUUACAAUGUAAGAGAGAAGCCAGCAGGAGAGCUACAAGAGAAGGAAGCAAGAUUCCAGGCUCCGGAAGAGCGGAACCAAAUAGAAUCCAGGCAGCCAGAGGAGCACCGAGUAGAAGAGGAGCACAGGAAGGCACUGGAGGAGGAGGAGAUGGAGCAGGUGGGACAAGCAGAGCAUCUCGAGGAGGAGCAUGACCCAUCGCCGGAGGAACAAGACAGGGAGUGGCGAGAUCAGCAGGGACAGAAGGCAGCCCACCUUCUGGACGGCCGCCCUCAAGCUGAGGUGGAGCAUUCGACCAAGGCAGCUACAAACUUCCGAUCCCCAUAUGAGGAGCAGCUGGAGCAGCAGAGGCUGGCAGCGAGGAGGGACGAGGAAGCCCAGCGGCUGAGAGAACACCAGGAAGCUUUGCAUCAACAGAGGCUCCAUGGACACUUACUACGGCAACAGCAGCAGCAGCAGCUCCUCGCCAGAGAGAUGGCUCAGCAGAAGCAGGCAGGACACGAAGAAGGCCAGCAGCAGCACCAAGAGCAGCUAAGGCAGCAAGUUCAUUACAAUGCUGUAGAGAGUGACAUCGCCCAGGGAGCCGAGGACCAGGGAAUCCCUGAAGAAGAGGGAGGUGCCUAUGAAAGAGAUAACCAACGCCAAGAUGAAGUUGAAGGAGACCCAGGCAACAGACUGGAAGGUCAUGAGCCAGGACACCAAGAGAGUGACCCAGAAGCUGAGGCAGAUAGGGCAGAUGUGGAGGACAUAAACCCUGCAGAUGACCCCAACAACCAAGGUGAAGAUGAAUUUGAGGAAGCUGAACAAGUGAGAGAGGAAAAUUUGCCAGAGGAAAAUGAAGAGCAGAAACAAAAUUUGCCAAAGGAGGGGAAUGCAGAACCGGAUGAGCACCUGGUGAUGGCAGGGAAUCCAGACCAGCAGGAGGAUAAUGUUGAUGAGCAGUACCAGGAAGAAGGAGAGGAAGAGGUUCAGGAAGAUUUGACUGAAGAGAAAAAAAGAGAAUUGGAGCAUAAUGCUGAAGAGACCUAUGGUGAAAACCCUGAUGAUAAAAAUAUUGAUGGUGAGGAACAAGGAAUUCAAGACGGCGUCCAUCCCAAAGGAAAAGAGGAACAUUAUGAGGAGGAGGAAGAUGAGGAAGAAGAUGGGGCCGCUGUUGCUGAGAAAUCACACCGUCGAGCUGAAAUGUAACUGGACCCAGUUUCUAGACUCUGCUCAGCCAACACUUUUUUUUUCCAAGCUGCUCUAAAACAAACCCCGCCUACUGAAUUCUAGAGUAUUUAAUUACAUACAAAAGUAAGGGUUUAGACUUUUUUUAACUUUUAUAUUAGAAAUGCUAUACAUUUAUAUGAAUAUAUUUUGAUACCUUAGAUGCAAACUUCUUUUUAUAGUCAAGUUAAAACAUGGACAAGAAGAAAAACAAUCAGACAUGCCUUCGGGUCUGAAUCUCAUUUCUCAGAGAUGGUGUGAUGUUGUGCUUGGCUUUUGUGCAUGGCUCAGCUCAUUACUUUUUUGUUUUCUGGCUUCCGGGUAGUCUACUGUUUAUCUCGGAUAAAAUGCAGGAUUUGGAGAGAGAGAGAGAGAGAGAGAGAGAGAGAGAGAGAGAGAGAGAGAGAGAGAGA